AUGGACGGAACCUAUUCCGACAUCGACGGCGUGCUGUGCCAGCUUUGCUGCCUGCCCUUGUACCAAUGCUUUCACGAGCACAUGUCACAAAUCCAAUAUGACGCAGCGAACCCUUUCUACGUCGACCCCAGUGUCUUGCACAUGCCGCCGCUCGGCUUCGAUCGGACGCAACCAGACCUAGCACCAAUCUACGACUUUGUCAACGGAGGACAGUCGUUGCUCCGAGAGCACGUACGUGUCAUGGAUGCGAACGAGACGACGGUACAGCCAGCCACCGUGCAAGCGCAUGUUGAGGAUACCUAUAACCCUGGCGAUCGCUUGGCGACACGACGCAAUCGGAAGGGAAGCACUAAGCGGCAACCACCUCGCCCGGGUGGUUUCCAUUGCGACGAGGACGGCUGCAGUAAAACUUUCAACCGUCAGUGUGAUUUGAAGUAA